AUGGCAACACAACAUGAAGAGUCAAGACACUGUCUAAUUUGUGAUAAAAUUUUUUGCUGUGAAGAUUGUUGUACAAAUCAUAUUAAAAAAAAACAUCCAAAUAUUGAUGUUAAUUGUUCACUGUGUCGUUCUGGUUUAUUGACAAUUAAAAAUUUUAGUGAUGAUAAAUUUUUUUGUCACGUUAUCUUUCAUCAUUUACCACUUCAUUGUAAUAAAUGUGGCAAGUUAUUUAACAACAGCAGUGAUUUAAAGAAUUUAGGUUGUUGUAAAUACAAUUUAUCACAUGAAAAAUCAAUUUUGAUGUCAAAUAAAUCAAAUCAAUCAUUGGAAACAACAUCAUCAAGCAUAAAAACACCAACCAAUUUGAUUAAAUUUAAAUCACAAUUAUUUGAUAAUAAUCAAAAAAAUUUUACAUCACCACCACAGUUUUCAAGACAAACAAGUACACCAAUGCAAACUCCAGUUGUUAAAAAAAAUGAUUCAUCAACAACAUCAUCGUCAUCAUCACCAGCGUCAUUUGACACAAACAAAAAUAAUAAAUUAAUCAUUCAGAAAUUAAAAAUAAAUGAUAAAACACCAUUGAAAUCCAUAUUGAUACGUGAUGAUGAUUCAAAGUAUUCAUCUAAAUAUAAAACUGGAAGAAAAUUAUCAUCAAUGGAAGAAUUAGAUGAAACAAGUGAUAUGGAUUUGACUGAUCCUCGUGAAAGUGUAUUGCCAUUGGCAAAUAAAUCUGAUGAAACAAGUGAAAGUGAUAUGGAUUUAACAGAUCCAUUUAAUGGAGUUUUAAUAUCAGAAUCAAAAAAUAUUACAUCACCAAUUAAUACUGUUAAUCAAAGUGGAAUCAAAGAUUUAGAAAAAAAAGUUAGAUUUAUAGAUCAAUGCAAUGAAUCAAUUGAUGAGGUAGAUGAUAAAAAUAAAAGUUUAAUGAAUAAUACUAAUGAUGAUGAUGAAGAUGAAGAUGAUUAUUUUGAUGCUUGUCAAAGUAUGUCUGAACACUCAUCUUAUGUUGAUAAAAUAAAACCAACAGAUGCAAAUAAUUCAAAUAUUGAAUAUGAAAGAAAAGUUGAAACAACAAUAUCUGUACGUAAUUAUAAUGAUAAUAAAAAUUCAAAAGUCAAAAUGAUAAUGAUGAUUAUUGAAAAAAAUAUUGAUACAAGUGUAAGUGAUUUAACACCAUUUAUAGAAUCAGGUUUAAGAAAAUUAGAUAAAUUAUCAUCAAAUGUUGUUGAUAAAAAAUCAUCUUGUAAUUUUGUUGAUAAUUCAAAAAAUAAUUUAUACGUUGAUACAUGGCAAAGUACAUCAAAAAUUGAAACUUUAACAUCAAGGCCAUCAGCAACAUUAUCACCAAUAAAAAAUGAUGAAAAAAUUGCAACAGAUACAAUGAAAAAUGAUGGGAUAUUUUCAACAGUUGCAAAUGUUAUUAAAAAUACAAUUCGUGGUUUAACAAAUAUAAAUACUGAUAAAAAAUUAGAUACUAAAUGUGAUGAUGGUGAUGAACCAGCAGCAUCAAGUACAAUAUGUAUUAAUCCAUAUGUUUCACCAUCAACAUCAAAUUACCAUGAACAACAACAACAAGUUGAUUAUAUAAAUAAUAAUAAAAAAUUGCCAUCAUUAGCAUCAAAUUUAUUAUCAAAAUUAAAAUCACCUGGUUCACCUCUUUUAGCUGGUAAAUCAGUGGGUAUUGUAUCUUCAACUGGAAAACGUAGAAGAGAUGAUUUAAAUGAUUGUAAUUUAUCAUCAGAUUAUGAUGAUGAUGGUGAUCAUGAUGGUAAUGGCUGUCCAGAUGGACAAGUUAAUAGUCCACUUCAUAAACGUAAAAAAAUUUGGAAUUUUCGUUCAAGAGAACCAUUGUCUAGAAUGAAACCUGAUCCAGUAUCUUCUUUCGAUUAA